AAGACAGUAAAGAGGAGGAGAAGAAGAUCCAGUCCGCUGUGUUAUUAUAGAGAAACAGGAGCUGAUCUACUGAAGAAAAAGAAAAAGCUGUUCUUUUCUUCCGCUAAUACCCACUGUCCUCCAGACAUCUAAUUUAUUGAACCAGACACAUCAAGAAACGCCACCAGAAUAUAUUUGCUCCAUCCUUAAAAUUGAAGGAUAUGGCCUGCACAUAUUUCCACAUUCAGGAAAUGCAUUCUACUCAGCACUUAAAUUCAUCUCUCAAACAUAAACAAAGCUUUACUGGAAAGGAAAUAUCCCACCAGUGUAUGGAAUGUGGAAAGAAUUUUAAACAUGCUAGUACUCUUGAAAGACAUUCACGUGUUCACACAGGAGAAAAAACAUAUAACUGCUCAGAAUGUGGAAAGAACUUUAAUCAACAAAUUCAUCUCCAAAGGCACCAGCGCAUUCACACUGGAGAGAAACCCUUUUGCUGCUCAGAUUGUGGGCAGAUAUUUAGAGACAGUGGUAAUCUCAGCAAUCACCAGCGCAUUCACACUGGAGAGAAACCAUUUCACUGCUCAGAGUGUGGGAUGGGUUUUAUUGAAAGUGGUGCCCUUAAGAAUCACCAGCACAUUCACACAGGAGAGAAACCGUAUCACUGUUUAGACUGUGGGAAAUGUUUUAAACAACAUGGUUCUCUCCAAACACACCAGCGUCUUCACAGUGGAGAUAAACCAUACUACUGCUCAGAGUGUGGGAAGAGUUUUAGAGACAGGAGUGCCAUCAGUAAACACCAGUUAAUUCACACAGGAGAGAAACCGUUUAGCUGCUCAGUGUGUGGGAUGAGUUUUAAUCAAAACGGCAGUCUCCAAAAACACCAGCGCAUUCACACGGGAGAGAGGCCGUAUUAUUGCUCAGAGUGUGGGAUGAGUUUUAUUGAGAGUGGUGCCCUCAAGAAUCACCAGCGCAUUCACACUGGAGAAAAACCUUAUCCCUGUUCUGAUUGUGGGAAAUGUUUUAAUCAACAUGGUUCUCUUCAAAAACACAAGUUCAUUCACACAGGAGAGAAACCAUUUCACUGCUCAGACUGUGGAAAGACAUUUAAUCAAAAGGGUCAUCUCCAAAAACACAAGCUCAUUCACACAGGAGAGAAACCAUAUCACUGCUCAGACUGUGGAAAGAGAUUUAAUCAAAAGAGUCAUCUCCAAAGACACCAGCAAAUUCACGCAGUAGAGAAACUAUUUCACUGCUCAGACUGUGGGAAGAGAUUUAUUGAGAGUGGUGCUCUCACAAAUCACAAGUGUAUUCACACUGGAGAAAACUGAAUCGAUGAAUGUGUUUUGCCACAAUAGUCAAGAGGGCACAGUUACUAAAUUUAGAUUUCAUUUCAUUUUUUUGAUUUCAUUGUUAACCUGAACCUCUACAACUAGCCACAGAGCUUAUCAGUUUUGUUAUCUUUCUCUUUAUGCAUGUUCAUGUUUAAUUUAGUGAUGGCUACCAUAUUUAACUCUGCUCUGGUGGUCUCAGUAUCUUGCAAUAAUUCUUUCUUGAAGCAACAUUAUACAUAAGUUUUUGCUUUAAAAUAGCAGCUUCAGCCCAUUGCUUACUGCAUGCAGUUCUGACAAACCUGGCAGGUCAAUACUAGCCCAAAAUACUAGUCCAUGUCGUGUGUGUGUGGUUUCGUCACGUCUGACGUCAGCCUUGACGGGAGAGAGCACGCUGGCGUCCCUCUGUUUGACUGCCGCUUCUCCCCGCGUCUCUUGUCUUUGCCUGUUUUUUUUUUUUUUCUCCCCUCUUCACCCUGAACUCUCGGCUCUAGUGAGCGGCUGUGCGCGACUGUUUCACCCCGGACUCUCGGCUCUACACGCCGGCCCAGUGAGCGGCUGAGCGCGACUGUUUCACCCCGCGCUCUCGGUUCUACUCGCCGGCCCAGUGAGCGGCUGAGCGCGACUGUUUCACCCCGGACUCUCGGAUCUACUCGCCGGCCCAGUGAGCGGCUGAGCGCGACUGUUUCACCCCGGACUCUCGGAUCUACUCGCCGGCCCGGUGAGCGGCUGAGUGCGACUGUUUCACCCCGGACUCUCGGCUCUUCACGUCGGCUCAGUGAAGCUACUGAGCGCGGCUGUUCUUACCCCGGUCUCUCGGUUCUACACGCCCAGUCAGUAAGUGACCGUUCACUACAUACCCAGCAAUGCUGCCUUUAUUUAUGUGGGCUCUGCUAUCUUGGGCUCCAGCUCUCCCUGGCCCUCUUUUCACUCAAUGUUUCACUGAGACUUGCUAUAGUCUGCAGUCCUUUUCCUAUUCUCCCACUGAUUUACGUAAAUUUAAUAACUCCUACCGCUUAUCAAAAGCUGUUUCUGUGACUGCCUGUAAAGCUGGCAUACUACCUCACCGUCGAUAUGUCCAUCGGGGCUCGAGACGGCAUCGUAACAGAACUCUCCACUAUUCUGCUAGGACUAACAUUUGCUCAUUCUGGACUACCUCUCGCCCAGUACAACAAGCUGUCUUGUGCUGCUAACCCAUUUAACUUAAGCACUUUACCUUCUGCUAACAAUGGUACUGCUGUUGCACUGCUUAAUGUUCGCUGCCUUUCUAACAAAGCACUUGUGCUCCAGGAGUCUAUAUUAGACAACUCUAUCGAUAUACUUUUUAUAACCGAAACCUGGCAGCAAACUGGUGAUUAUUAUUCUCUGAAUCAGGCUACCCCCCCUAAUUAUAAGUACAUCUGUAAACCUCGUUCCUCUGGUAGAGGCGGUGGUCUUGCGGUUAUUUUUAACAACAAGAUCACUGUUACUGAAGUAAGCAUUACAUCUGCUAAUUCCUUUGAAUGUCUCACUAUUAAAUUACCUGGCUCUGUCACUGCAAUACUAGUCUAUCGUCCACCCAAACCUAAUCCAUUAUUCCUGCCCGAGCUGUCUGAACUGCUCACUCUUGCUGGCACAAUUUCUGCCCGCUUGUUGCUGGUCGGUGACUUUAAUAUCCAUGUUUCAACCCAUGACUGCAAAGCUGCCUCUGAUUUUCUGUCUGUCCUCGAGUGCUUCUCUUUUACACAACAUGUACACUUUCCCACACAUGACAAAGGUCGGACCCUUGACUUAGUCUGUACCUCCUCGCUGCCUGUUCUCAACCCUCACUCUCUAUUGUUUCCACUCUCUGAUCAUAAACUUAUCCUGUUUACUGUCCCUCUGAUCUUCCCCCGCCGCUCCACCAAAAAAUCUCUUUCCGUAAGACUCAGUCUAUUGAUCCUUCUUUUCUUAAUCAAUCUAUUUCUUCCAUCUUUCCUGUUACCUCUGCCCCAUCCUCUCCUGAAUCACAUGCACUGCUGCUAAAUUCUGCCCUUAAUGAAUCCCUGAAUAUACUAGCCCCCCUGAAAACAAAAAUGGUGACCUUUUCUACCUACUCCCCCUGGUAUACUGCAGAUCUACGUAGCAUGAAACAGGUUGGUCGUCAGCUAGAACGUCUCUUCAAAAAAACAAAACUUACUGUUCACGCGAAUGCAUAUAAGCAAUACUGUCUGCAUAUAGAGAUGCUGUUAGUGCUGCUAAGACAACCUACUUUUCUGACCUCAUUAACAGUCAGCAUAGAACAAACUCUCGGCACCUCUUCUCAACAGUUGAUAAGCUAUUUAAAAGUCCAGACAGCACUCUUGUACCCUCUCCAGCCCUUUGUAACACUUUCCUACACUUCUUCGACUCCAAAAUAGCAAAUAUUCAUAGAUCCCUGAUCUCUGCUUCUUCUGGACCCCCCUCUCACUCCUCUCAUACUACCAACCUCUCUCAUUUUAACAUUUCUUCCGCCUCUCUUGCUGCCUUCAACAGUAUUGACUCUUCCUUUAUCGCUAAUAUUGUAAUGUCUUCUAAGAACACAACCUGUGCUUUAGAUCCACUCCCCACCAACUUAACUAAAGCCUGCGUACCUGCCUUGCUCCCCCACCUCACUGUUCUCAUCAAUCAAUCACUUCUCCUUGGUCAGGUUCCAUCUGUUUACAAAACGGCUGCAGUCACUCCUAUACUAAAGACACCUGGUCUCGACCCUUCUGACCUCAACAACUAUCGCCCUAUUUCCAAUCUCCCCUUCCUGUCUAAAGUCCUUGAAAGAACUGUGGCCUGCCAAUUGCAACAUUAUCUUGAAUCACAAAACCUAUUUGAACCCUUUCAAUCUGGUUUCCGACCCUUCCACAGUACUGAAACGGCAUUGGUCAAGGUUAUUAACGAUUUACUGGUAGCUGCUGAUGCUGGUGCUCUCAACAUUCUUUUGCUACUAGAUUUAAGUGCUGCAUUUGACACAAUUAACCACUCUAUCCUUCUAUCUCGACUCUGUGAACUUGGCAUCGUUGGCACUGCCCUGGACUGGUUCUCAUCUUACCUAACUGACAGAAAACAAUUUAUUUCAUUGGCUGGCUAUUCCUCCCAUACCUCUGUGAUUAAACACGGAGUACCACAAGGAUCAGUCCUUGGACCUCUCCUGUUCAUCAUCUAUAUCCUUCCUCUUGGGCCUCUGUUGCGUCACUUUAACCUAGACUUCCACUGUUAUGCGGACGACACCCAAAUUUAUCUUAGCACUAGUUCUAUCAAUAACCCACCCACUACUCAUUUAGAAAGCUGUCUCUCUGCGAUCCAGAACUGGAUGAAGGAUAAUUUUCUCAUGCUAAACAGUAAUAAGACCGAGCUCAUCCUAAUCAGCACUAAAGCAGUCCUCAAUCAAACUCCUACUCUCUCUCUCAACUUUGGCGGUACAGUAAUCUCUCCCUCUACCCAAGUCCGAAAUUUGGGCGUUCUUCUAGAUUCCACUCUCUCUUUUACAGCUCACAUCAACUCUGUGGUGAAAACUGCAUUCUUUCAUCUGCGCAGAAUAGCUAAAAUUCGACGAUCCCUUACUCAGUCCACUGCUGAAAUACUCCUUCAUGCUUUCAUUUCCAGCAGACUAGAUUACUGUAACUCCUUGCUCGCUGGCAUUAGUUCUUCCUCUAUCCAUAAACUCCAGAUGGUACAAAACGCAGCUGCCCGUUUACUCACUCACACUCGCACCCAUGAACACAUUACACCUGUUCUCCAUAAUCUUCACUGGCUCCCUGUUAAAUACAGGAUUCAAUUCAAGAUUCUCUUACUUACCUAUAAGGCAUUAAAUAAUCUUGCACCUCCUUAUCUGUCAAACCUCCUUCUUCCUUACAGGCCAUCUCGAUCCCUUAGGUCUGCUACUGCUGGACUUCUUAAAGUCCCAGCCUCUAAACUCCGUGGCUUUGGUGAUCGGGCUUUUUCCAGACUUGCUCCUCAACUAUGGAAUUCUCUCCCAUCUGCGGUCAAACAAUCCUCCUCUCUUUCCUUGUUCAAAUCUACACUCAAGACUCACCUCUUAUCUCUUGCCUACGGCCUUCCCUCUGUUUAAUGUACUAUACCACUUAUCCCUGCUGUCUGUUCUCGUACUAUGUUGAUUGUCUGUCACCACUUGUUGUGUAAUGUUUCUAUUUGUUUUCACAAAUGAUGACUGUAAGCGUCUUUGGGUUUUAGAAAAGCGCUAUAUAAAAAUAAAGUAUUAUUAUUAUUAAAACUGUCAUAUUGGUUUGUAAUAGGUUUUAAAACUUAAUCUGGAUCUAUCAGGUUGGCCUUAAAUGCAUGUGUACUUUGUUCACUUCAAUAGUGACUAAAAACAUGAAUUACAUUUCCUGGCUGUGUAAUGUCAUUUUGAUGUAAAAAAAAAAAAAAAAAAAAACUGCACUCUGUAAACUAACUGUAAAUAUUACUGAAAUGUUCUUAUUAUUAAGAAAAAUAAAAAAUAAAAUACUAUAUGUACCA